AGCUCAGAGCCUGCUUCGGAUUCCGUGUCUCCCCCUCUCUGCCCCUCCCCUGCUCAUGCUCUGUCUCUCAAUAAUAAAUAAACAUUUAAAAAAAUUUAAAAAAAAAGGAUAAAUUGAGUUCAUUGUCACUGCCAUGAAAAGUUGUCCACCCCAUGUUAUUAUGGCAAAAAGAGAUUGUACAAUGGUUAUACAGUAAGAUUUCAGUUUUGUGAACCGAGGGGGGAAAAAAUCCCUUAAAAUAUCCGCAGGAAUAUUCACCAACGAGUCCUGGUGGUGAUGUGGGUGGAAGGUAGCGAUAGGAUUGUGUCUGUAUUUAUGGGUUAGACAUUUCUGUAAGGUUUGAAUUUUUCACCAAGAAAGGGGAUUCCUUUCAUACACAGAAAAAUAAAUAAAGAUUUAAAAACAAAGGCAGUAGCAAUUCCAGGUCGCUGGGAGCUGGGUGGCCAGGUGAGCCUGAAGCUUCUGUUUCUUCUCUCUAUGGAGCCCCUGCCCGGGUGAAAAGGGAUGAAAGGAAACCUCAUUAGAAGGGAGCCAGGAGGCCAGCAGGGGGAGCUCUCACGCCCAACAUUAGCUGUCAACUGCAGAGCCAAAGGGGAGGGAAGGAACUCGAAGAGCGGAUAGGUACUAUUUUACCGACCAUCCCAGCGGGAGGAAGGCUCAUUUCUUCUUCCUCCAGCCACAGCCCAGCCAAGGACAGACAGUCGCAGCUCAGCCACUGAGAAGUCACCAUACGUCAAGCUCCCCGUUUAUGACUCCCGACGCCCCACUUGCCUCUAUCAAAGAACGGCCCUCUCCCUUGUUCGGGGACUUGCCUGCGGUUUCACCGUGGCAGCUGGCUCGUCCCAGAUUGUAAAUUCUCAGCGAUUCCCGAGCAAGCCCAUCCUUUGCUGGGAAGACAGCUGGCUGUGCCAGAUGAUGCCACAUGGGGGAGAAAAGAGUUGUGCGCUUCACUCAGCCUUGCCCAAACUGCAAAACGUCCAAGAAGGCAGCUGGAAGGAGCCUGGGACAGCCGCCACGUGAGCCAGAUGGCUACACCCGCUUCCACUCGUCUGAGACACUGCCAGGCAUCGGCUGUGAACCCAAAUGAAUCCCUCCCUCCUCUUGGCGCCCGUGGCACCGAGCCAGCGUGGACACAAUCUCGUACGACCCCGUAUUGUAAUUGCUCCCACGUCUGUGGCCUCCGUCGGCGCAGGGUUUGGAAUAAUGAAAACUGCUCCCCUGUGGAUGCUGCAAAUCGUAAGGAUUAUCACACAGCCCGUGUGUGCUGGGCUCCGACUGGAUGCCGGGCGUGGUUUUAAUUCUUACAACGGCCCCACGAGCCAGGUUCUGUGAUCGUGCAUGGUUCGUGGACGAGGAGACUGAGCUUGAAUUUCUGGAACAAAGCCCCCUUGGUCGUGUGUUGGAGGAGGUCAUCCAGAGGACGUGACUGCCAGUCGCCCCGCCAGCUGGACCCAGGCAACUGGGGGCUCCUCACCCUCUCCCCCAUCCUCGGAAUGUGUGUUCUGCUUGCCUUCCCAGCCCGAGAAGCUGUCCAGGAACACAGCCUGAUGAUAGUAGAAGAGGGAGGCUGAGCAUCAAGGAACGCCGGCCACCUGCACAAGGCAUGGGACCUUCCUGACACCUUGACUUUAGCACAGCGAGACGCACUUUGGACUUCUGACCUCCAGAACUGUAAGCUCCGAGGUUUUUGAGAUUCCUGGAUCUGAAACAAACACAGACACAGCCAGCGACCCUGCCCCAGCAAGGCGCAAUCAGUGAACGGGGCCCAGGCCGCAUUUCCGGGCCCUGCACCUUGGCUCCACCUUUGUAAAGAGGUGGGGAGGGGGCCGUGUCGCCAUGCAGGCCCUGGGGUCCCGCCGGCCUGCCUUUACCCCUCUUGAAGGUGGUGCAGCUUUGGAGAAGCCCUUACCCGGGGAGCCGCAGCUGGGAGGCGAAUGUGGAGACCCGAGCUGACUCCAGGCAGAGGCCAUCCUGCCCCACCGCGCCCUACCCGCCCCCACCCCCAUGAAAUGAGCGACACUCAAGACUUUGCCACUUUCCCCGUGGUUGCCACCCAGGUGAAGCUGGGGGGCUGGAGCCGUCAGGGUGGGGGCAGCGUGUCUCUCCGCCCGCGCCCGCACCAGGAGCUCCAGGCCUUCCUCAGCCUUCUGGAGCACAGUUUGCUGCAGGAAUUCCUUUCCAGAGAUCCCUGUUUCCAGAUUUCAGAUAAGUAUCUCCUGGCCAUGGUGCUGGUCUACUUCCGGCGUGCCAACCUGAAGCUCAGCGAGUACACCCACAGCAACUUGUUCUUGGCGCUGUUUCUUGCAAAUGACAUGGAGGAGGAUCUGGAGGACCCUAAAUGUGUGAUUUUUCUGUGGGCCCUGGGAAAAGAUUGGCGCCGUCAGGUGGCGGACUUCCUGCACCAGAGGGAUAAGCUGUGGGCCCGGAUGGGCUUCCGGGCCAUGGUGAGCCGCCAGUGCUGUGAGGAGGUCAUGGCCAAGGAGCCGUCCCAUUGGGCCUGGACUCGAGAGCGGCGUCCCCACCACGGUGGAGCUCAGAGGGGCUGCCCAAAGGCCCGGGUGCCCCUGCCUGGAGGCCCCGGCCUCUCGCCUCCUCACUGUUCCCUCUGUGGCUUGCUCCCUGCCCACGGCCUCUGCAGCCACCAGCCCCGCCCCUUGCCUGUCUUAUCCAAGUGCCCUUCCCCAAACCCUGAGUGCCAUUGCCCUCCCUCCCAAGCUUGUCUCUCAGUGGCCGAAGACCCCUUGGUGGGGGGCUUCCUCAUCAUCCUGCCCCCCCAACUGCAGCUGGAGCCGGGCACCUACACUCUCCACAAUGGCACCAGUGGCCAGUGGCUCCCCAAUUUGUACUUCUGAGAGCUGUUCCCUCCUCAAGCAUCUCUGCUUGGAGGGAUUGUUCCCAAAGGUCUUCCACUGUCUCCCCAGCUUGCUUUCAGCUCUCUUGCUCUGAGGAGGCCCCAGUGCAACUUUCGUCGCCAGUCCCGAAAUCAUCCGGCACUAGCCACCUCCACCACGUCGCUUACAUUCGAGCCCCAGGAGAUCAAAACUGUAUACCUAAAGUGCAACUGGCAGGGAGGCCGGUGCCAUGUCUGCCUGGGCCCCCAAGAUUGGCACGUAGGGUCUGUCCCUCAAGAAGAUUGGUAACGACAUCGCCAAAAGAAACUGGUGAUGGCAAGGGCUGGGGAUGACAGUGAACAGAUAGGACGCCAUACGGGCGGUGCCUUCUGCCUCUGCCCUGAUCAUCAAACCCCUCAAGAAACCACCCAGAGACAGAAGCAGGAAAACAUGAAGCACGGUGGGAACAUCACUUUCGAUAAUAUUGUCAAGUUACUGGACAGAUACCGCACCCACCUUUAACUAGAGCACUUGGAACCCACUAAAGAGAUCAUGGGGAUUGCCCCGUCUGUGGGAUGCAGUGUGGAUGGCUGUCACCCUCACGACACCCUAGAUGUCAGCAGUGGUGCAGUGCGAUGCCCAGCUACAAAGGAAAAGAUCUCAAGGAAAGAUAGUUUGAUGACCGUCCCUACCAAAGCUAUGAAUAUUCAUACACAAGUCUUUGGACAUGCGCUUUUAUUUCUCUUGGGUAAAAGCCUAGGAGUGGAAUAAUGGGUCAUAUAUGGUAGGUGUAUGUUUUAACUUUUUUCUUUUUUUUAAGAUAGACUAUUUUUUAGAGCAGUUUUUGGUUUACAGAAAAAUGGCUCUUUAAAUACCGAGAAUUGGGCACAUACCCCCCUCUUUCUCCCUUACAUUGUUUCUCUUGUUGUUAAUAUCCUACGUUUGUGUGGUAUAAUGUCAUGUAACUAUCAUUGUAGCAUCAUACAUAAGUUUCAGGCCCUCAAGAUGCCCCCAGUUUCAUCUGUUAUCCCUCCCCACCUCCACCAAACUCUUGGCAACCACUGAUCUUUUUUUAACUAUCUCUAGUUUUGUCUUUUACAGAAUGUUACAUAGUUGGAAUCCUACACUACAUAGUUUUUUAAUGGCUUCUUUUUUUUUUUACAAGUUUAUUUAUUUUUGGGGGGAGGGCAGAGAGAGAAGGAGAGAGAGAAUCCCAAGCAGGCUCUGCCCUGUCAGCACAGAGCCCCAUGUGGGGCUCAGACUCAGG